AUGGCUGAGAAAGAUAUUCCAAGCUUGAUAGAGGAGGAGAAUGGUAUCAAGGAAGACUUAAAGAUUUGUGAAGAAACCCUGGAGAACAUAGGGGCCCUGGCCAUCCGCAUACAAUCCUUUUCAAGAUCGGUAUCCAGCUUAGGCCCUGGCAACCCGGAGGCUGAAAGGUUAUCCAGGCAAGCAGAUUUGUUUAAUAAGGCUGUCCUGAGGCUGGGAAGCCAGAGAUCUAAAAAAAGAAAUGAAAAAAAGGAGGAAAUGAUCAGAUCCAGGGUGGGUGUUGAAGAAGGGUAUAUGGAGAAUACGGGUACGCCUCAACCGGUUACUGAUGACGAUUUCUUUUCUUCCAGCACCAAAAGAAUAAAUGAUGUGCUGAUGAAUGCCAUGGAUGCAUUUGAGACAGUCAAGAGACAAAAUGUAUAUAUAAGCAGGACAAACGAGAGAAUAAGAGCGGGCCUGAAUCGAAUAGGCCUUAGCAAACAGCUUAUUGACCAAAUCGACAGAAGAUAUUUAUCAGACAGGGUCCUCUUCAUGGGAGGAGUUGUAUUGCUUGUUGUUGUGUUUUUUCUUCUUAGGUUUUUCUUGUGA